AUGGAUGAAGAAAUAGCUUCAAUAGAGAAAAAUAACACAUGGAAUUUGGUUCAUCUGCCUGCUAACAAAAGACCAAUAGCAGUCAAAUGGAUAUACAAAUUGAAAUACCUACCUGAUGGCACUAUAGCAAAGUACAAGGCAAGGUUAGUGGCCAAAGGGUUUUUACAAAAGCAUGGUAUAGACUUUAAAGAGAUUUUUGCACCAGUGGCAAGGAUUGAAACUUCUGCAUUUCUCAAUGGCAAACUUGAGGAGAAAGUAUAUAUUGAACAACCUCAGGGUUUCAUAGUUAAAGGAAAGGAAGAUCACGUGUUGAAGCUGAACAAGGCACUAUAUGGACUAAGACAAGCACCAAGAGCAUGGAACAUGAGAAUUGCUCAUGGCAGGAGCAAACACAUAGAAACAAAGUUUCAUUAUCUGAGAGAUCAAGUCACUAAGGGGAAAAUCAAACUAUCGUAUUGCAACACAGAAUUUCAGAUGGCUGAUGUGCUCACUAAGCAAUUAAAGAUAGACAGGUUCAAGGAUUUGAGAAAGAUGAUGAAUGUGCAAAGCCUUGAGACUUUGAAUUAA